CUUUCUUUCUUUUUUUCCUUUCUUUCUUUAUUAAAGAUUAUUCAUAAGACUAAAUUACUUACCAUUAAAUGAUUAUUUUGGUAUUACCUCUUACAUGGGACAAAAAAGAAUUAUAGCUUUUUUAAUUAUUAUUAUUUUUUAAGGAACACUCUUCCACACAGCUUACCUACAGUUUAGUUUUAUCAGUCUGAUUUAGGAAGAAUUUUAAAGCCUGUCUUAUUCUACACCUGUAGUAGAAGCCACGCCCACUCACCAGGAAAUGGUGAGUGCGCAUGCACUAGAACCAGGAAGUCAGUAAAUGGUUUAGAUCAUAAUUAUGUUUAGUUCCCUCUGAGGAAGAAACUCUGAAUUUACAAAGAACUGUUUCAUGUUGAUGUCUGGAGGAUUCCCUGAGUUAGUCUCUGUCUGCAACAGGUGUUUCUCGUCUAAAUGUGAAUCAAUGCUGUGACUCCAGUUGAGAUGUUUUCGCCUGACAGUCACCACCAGCUGCACCUUAACAUCCUGCUCACAGUUCUGCUGCUCAGUGGCUGGACAACAGAUGGCGCUCACAACGUCUCAGAGGCCAUGACCUCCAUGCAGCUGACCAGCAGCUCUUCCAGCAGGGACAUCACUGUAAAAGAGGGGUCCAGUGUUCUCAUUGAAUGCAACAUUACUGGAGGAGACAUGAGCAUUAAGUGGUACAACUCCAGAGGACAUCUUCUGGAAGAGGGAGGUGGGAAGUGGCUGAUCCAAGAAAAGGGCAUUCUAAAUAUCACCAUGGUCUCUUUUGAAGAUCGCGGCCACUACAUCUGUGUCGGUCCCACCAAAAACUACACUGUCACUCUACGAGUUUCAUACACUCACAGCGGCCUCGGGGAGUACUACAUCAUUGUGUGUCUGGUGGCCUUCGCUAUCACCGCGAUCCUCAACGUGACACGGCUCUGUAUGGUCAGCAGUCAUCUAAAGGAAAUGGAGAAAACAAUCAAUGAUUUUUUUCGCACAGAGGGUGCAGAGAGGCUACAAAAGGCUUUUGAAAUUGCCAAGCACAUUCCGAUCAUCACCUCAGCCAAGACACUGGAGCUAGCUAAAGUAACGCAGUUCAAGACCAAGGAGUUUGCCCGCCAUAUUGAAGAGCUGGCAUGCAGCAUCCCUCUGCCGCCACUCAUCCGAAAAUGCAGAAUGUUUUCAGAGGAUGACAUUAACCCUGAUUCUAAUGUGGAAAGAGUGACGGGAAAGAGGCAAACUUCAGUACAGCCGUGCUCCAACAAACAUGAAGACAAGGAAGUGUGUCAGGUGAUGCUGUCAGCUGAAAGGCAAGAAAGUGAUGAGAGUGUCAUCAAAAUGUCGCACACAGAAAGGUUCAGUGGUGAGGAAUAAGUAGGACUUAUGUCCCAGUGUGUCUUGGGAGUGUCUUGCAAGAGCAACAUAUAACAGCUCAGUGUGAAUCCUGUAAGGUAUAUGGUUGGUUUCUGCCUGUGAAAAAAUUAUAACGUAAAAAUUAAGGAUGGUUUUUAAUUUCUGUGAUUUCUUUUGUUUAUUCUCAUCUCAUUCUUGUUCUCCUACUAAAGUGAGAGCUGAUGAGUCAGACUAUGGUCACCACUUGUCUCUUUGUUAAUAAGAUUAUCUACAAAUCCUACAACCUGGCGUCCACAUAUGUGAACAGCACAUUUAUGGUUAUCUGCACCAUAUUAGGGAAGCUUUAGUAACAGAAACCUGUUGUACAUAAAUGUGGAUACUUAUACUGCCAUCUGGUGGUGUCAGCUGAUGCCGUCAGUCGAAACACGAGGAAACAAUGGAGGUGUCAUCAAAAUGUCACACACAGAAAGGUUCAGUGGUGAAGAAUAAGUAGGAUUUAUUUCUCAGCUCAGGAACAAGACUGUCUUGCGAGAGCAACAUAUAACAGCUCAGUGUGAAUCCUUUAAGAUAUAUGGCUGGCUUCUGCCUGUGAAGAAAUUAUAAUGUAAAAGUUAAGGUUUUUCAUUUUUGUGAUUUAUUUUGUUUAUUCUCAACUCAUUCUUGCUUUCCCAUUAAAGAGAGAGCUGAUGAAUCA